AUGGCGAAAGCCGAGGGUGGCCCCAAGCCGGGCCUGGCGAAGAGAAUCUUCUUGAUCCUUGCACCAGACUCGGCAAAGGAUGACGAUGGUCGUGACAACUUCAACUCGCGAUCGCAAUUCGUGCUCUGCGCUAUGGGUGGUGCUGUCGGUCUGGGUAACCUGCUUCGAUUCCCGUCUGUCGUGUUCAACAACUACGGCCUACAGUUCUUCAUUCCAUAUGCCGUCGCACUCUUCCUCAUUGGAAUUCCUAUCCUCCUCCUCGAAAUUACACUCGGACAGGCCUACCGUGGUGGCUGUGUCAUUGCUUGGAACAACGUCAACCAUCGAGCAAAGGGCAUUGGUCUCUCCAUGGUAUUCAACGGUUUCAGUGUCGUAGGCUACUACGUCCCGAUUCUAGCCUGGGCCAUGACGUAUUUCCGGUUCUCCUUCCAGAGUCCUUUGCCUUGGGCGGGUCGAGACACUGUCGACUUUUUCUUGAACGAUGUUGUUCGCAACAUCUCUCCCACCGGUGGUGACGAGGAUGGCGGUGGCAUGAAGUCUUAUCCCGGUCGCGGCAUCGUUGGCGAGACCUUUGGCUGGUGCAUCAUGAUUUGGUUCAUCGUCUGGAUGUGUACCUUCAAGGGUGUUGGUCUCACAGGACGUGUCAUUUACGUCACCAUGGCCUUGCCACUCGUCAUGAUUGCUAUUCUAGCCAUCCGAUCCCUUUCGCUUCCCAAUGCCUCUGAUGGCUUCAAGCUGUACGUCGGCAUGUGGCGGAGCGAGUCCCUCGAGGGUCCCCGAGUAUGGCAGGAUGCCUUUGGACAAAUGUUCUUCUCCAUUGGCGUUGGCUUUGGUUACUUCACGUCUUACGCCUCAUACAACAACAAGUUUGCCAACGCGGUCCAGGACGCUUUCAUCAUCGCCCUGAGCAACUCGGCCAUUGAGAUCACGUCCGCAUUGGCUGUCAUGGGCGUUGUCGGAUUUCUGGCCAUCAACCCUGGUGAGGUAGAUCCCUUGUCUACCUUUAGCUCGGGCUUCUUCUACUACCCAGAGGCUCUUGCGCAAAUGCCUGGCUCCAACUUCUUCUCGGCAUUGUUCUUCCUCACCUUGGUUCUUCUUGGACUCACAUGUGUGUUUGCCCUGGCCGAGGUGCUGGUCACGCUCCUGUGUGACAUGGACCUUGGUCAACGUGUGCCUCGCUGGGUUAUCUCUACCUCGGUUAUCAUUCUGGGUGCCUUGACUGCACUCAUCUACAGCAGCGAGUUUGGCUUCAACACUCUCGAUGCUGUUGAUAUGUUUGUCAACGAUAUCGCUCUCUUCAUCACCGUCUUCUCCGAGACCUACAUGUCCUGCACGCUUUACCGCUGGAGAGACCCUGUUGAUCAAAUUGGCGCCUUCAGCUAUUUUGUCUACAAUGUCGGUUACGUCCUGGCCAUCUUCCUUGGUAUCCUCCUUGGUCACCUUGUGAACCCCAGUGUUGGUGCUGGCGUUGGUUUUGGCGUUUUCAUUGCCUGCGCUCUUAUUGCUGCUUUUGUCGGCAAGACUCCAACUGUCCCUGCUCCCAGAUUCUGGGGUGGCAACACAAUCCUCAGCCGAUUCUGGUAUGCGGCUUUCUACUCGGGCAACCAACUCCGCCGGGACCUCAACCGUGCCAUCCUCGGUGGUGCCAAGAACUGGAAGAUUCAUUGGGUUUGGCCCAUCUGCCUCAAGUACAUCACCGGUCCUGCUGUCGCACUGGUAUUUUCUUUUGCAUACCCCAAGUUUCUCAACAACCACGCCGACGACCCACCAUUCGUCUACAGCUUCGUACUUAUGCACAUGGUUGUCAUCUUCAUCGUUGGUGCAUUCAUAGUUCCGCGCUUUCUCAACAUCCUCAUCCCGUCGCACCGUGUCGCGCGUGGUGAUGGCAAAUAUGAGGUGGCACCCCAAAUCACCGUGGGCGAGACCCCCGUUAUCAACGAUGGUGGUCUUGAAGGUGGCAAUGUUCUCGAUGGUGACAUUGCCUACCAGAACAGUGCUGAUAGAAGCAGCGCAGACGCUGACAAGGCUGUUCGGAGGAAUGAUGCCACCAUGGCUGAGCCUGCGUCCGUGGAGUACAAGCAGUAA